AUGGUGGUUUCCAAUAACCAUAUUAGUCAGCCAAGAUGGUGCUGUAACAAUGAUGAUGGCAAUGGUUUCUUUGGAGAUCGCUAUUUUGAUCCUCAAGAAUGGCUACAGGGACUCAGUUUGGCAGCUCAAAGCCUAAAGAAUAAAUCCCAAGCGCAUUUGUACUCUUUUACAAAUGACAUGCGCGAGCUUUGGAUGUCGAAGCCAUUAAACACAUUCUGUGCUACUGUCAACCAAGGAUUUGAAGAGCGAGCUGGGUUUCUAGUGAGAGGACAAAAUCCAGUGCCUCUAUUUGUGAGUGAAUUUGGGAUGGAUCAAACUGGUGCAAAUGAAGGGCAAAAUCGAUUCUUGAGCUGUUUUUUUACCUAUCUUCUUGAGAAUGAUUUCGAUUGGGGCUUAUGGGGUUUGCAAGGUAGCUACUACUACAGGAAUGGGGUGCGAAAUGCCGAUGAAACAUUUGGCGUCUUAGAUUCCAAUUGGACAAAAGUUAGGAACCCUAAAUUCCUCUUGAAAUUUCAGUUCAUGCAAGCCCAACUUCAAGGUAGCGUUUGA